GUAAAGAAAGCGAAUAGCAUGUGAAGUGUGGAGCAUCCAGGUUUCUCCGCACAACAAAAUUAUGUCUUUUCCUCUGUUGACAAUUUUGUUUCUAACGGUGGUACUUCAAGCUUCAGCCCAAACAAACAGUGCAAAAGCCAUUGUUAAUGGAUCUACUAUACCAGGACAAGGCUAUGUUUAUGUCAACGACGCAAUAGGAAAUCUCACCAWUCUAAAAGAAGUGUGGAUUGAAUACCCAUACAUCGCAUAUGGGCUUCAGGAAAUUGUUAAUGUUGCUUGCAAAAUGGCUGGCUAUAACGGAACUUCCUCCCCCUGCAUGCAUGGUUACUACUCGCUUGACGGUUGGAAAUUGAAACAASGUCCAUCUCAUUUAAAAAUUAGAGCUUGUAAAGGAACCGAGGCUACACUGCUCCAAUGUGAACAAACUUCUUAUACACCUCAACCAUUGAUGGUGAAUUGUUUGCCACCUGAACCCACUCAUUUUCAUGGAGUUUUCUUCAAGCAAUGGAUAGGUAAAGGCUUACUUCCUGAUAAAUCUCGCUGGAAAUAUGCUCCAGUAUUUCAAAAACAGCCGUUAUUAAGUUACAUCCUGGCAACAUUUGAUGUUUUCAAAACUUUGUGGGAUUCUUCAGUUAUAAAAGUAACUGCAUAUCUAAUGGUUAAACGUCCAGGGGAAUAUUCUAUUGGCGCUGCUUGCAAGUAUGGAUGUGAAGUAUGGUGGACGAGAGUCCAAGAACCAGGGCUAAGUGAUUUUGGGAAAUCUGCAAAUAUGAUUAUCAAAUUAGCUGCAACUGCAAAACCAAACGAGUACGAAAGGAAUCCAAAGAAAAACAUUAAAAUGCUUAUUACCUGCCACGUAUACCAAAUGGAGUUCUACGCUAGGCUAGAACGACAUGGAGAUUUUGCAAACAUUGCGCUAAAGUCCGAAAGUUAUCAAAGUUGGUCACCUAUACCAACAGAAUUAUUGUACUGGGACAAGCCAGGGUCAAGGGAACUUCAUUUUAGUUUGACAAACAACAUCAGCUCUCACAUAAAUCUUGGCUCAAAGUUAUUAAUAAAAGCUUUGUACAAGUUUUGCUGUGUAGGACURCGAUGUCCAACCUGUCCUUUGACUCUCAAUCUUCACGCCCUCGAACAGAAAAUAUUGGURAACAGUAGCUUACAGAUGGAUUGUAUGGAAUACUYUUUCAAUUACUCCAUUGAUGUUAUACAACAGCCAAAGAACUAUUCUAUAGAGAUAAGCUACUACCUAAAUGGAGAUGAACGAUGGACAAAGAAGAGAACAGUUAAAACAAUUCAAGUUUCUGAAUCUACAUUUUACAGCUGUAGACUUUUGGAUUCUCGUCACCAUAGUUGUAGCGCUGAUUGGAAGGUGUACGUACAAACUGAAAGUAGUCUUACUCCCGACACUUCAAAAGUCAAUGAAGACUACAACAAAUCUUCCUCCUGCUAUGGAACCAAGCAUCUCCAGUCACCAACUCUUCCAUGGAGGGAAGCAUUCAAAAACAUUAGUCUUUGUGCAAGUUUUUCAUAUCGACUCCCAUCACAAGGCCUAUCGCGACUUGAUGUCUACCUUUUGCUAAAGAGUGGGAAUCAGCAUAAAUGGUCAAUCAAAGGAUAUCAAGGAGCAUCUUGGAAAAACGGCAGUAUUUCUAUCGUUCGAAUAAAAGAGCAAUUCAAGGUCUUAUUCAACAUUUCGUCCAAUGUAAACAAAGCUACUUGUGGAAUUCAAGACUUCCGACUAUCAUCAUCGGAAUGCAAGAUUUUCCCAAAGCACGCAGAACCCGGGUAUCGAUGUGCAGAUUCACAAUAUCAGUGUAACAAUGGAGAAUGUAUUGACAAAUAUAAAAGAUGUGACGGGCUCAAAGACGAUUGCAUCGAUGGUUCGGAUGAAACUGGAUGUGCUUGCCUUACRGGUCAAUUUAGGUGCUUCGAUGGAUCAUGCGUGGACGCCUCUAAGCUCUGCAAUAAGAAAUUAGAUUGUAAAAACGAAGAUGAAAUGCGAUGUGGUAACGAGCCUGAUGACUGUCCUGGGUUUCGAUGCAUCGAUGGAAGAUGUCCAACUUUACCAUCACAAUGCGAAGAUAUAACGUACAAUAUUUCGGAAUGCUGGAAAUUCGCCAAAUACCACACAAAUAUUUGCAGGGAGAAGAMUGCAAAUUGUGGUAUAUCAAGAGGUAUAUGCGGAUUUGACACUGGACCUUGUGGGAUGGAAAAUGAUGGAUGGAGCUACAACUCACUGACCGACAAAAUCUAYAAAAGAUUUGAUCAUUCGUUUAAAGAUGAAGGUACCCAUAGUAUAUCUUCUAUUGAAUAA